AUCUUAUAUUGAAAGAAAAUGACACGGUCACAGCUGCGGCCGGCAAAAUCUGAGAAGACAAAUACAAAGACGAUUAAUAAAACAACACAAUUAUUGUUCUAUUGUUACGAAUUCACUUUUCCGCAUGGUUAAUGCCGCCUCUAUAAAUCGAUAUCAAUCGCGUGAGAGUCCAACUCCACAUGGCAUGCUUUUCUUUGGCUCUCUGUCGCUGAGAAUCCACUUGCUUUAUUGCGAGCGGCUGCAUCGUCGCGGCAGCACGCACGUCGCCGUUGCCUCCCGCGUUAUCCAACACCGUAAAAUCGAGAAAAAAAAUAAAAACAGUAUACAGCCGAUAGCAUCGAUAAUGAAUUCGAUUCGCUCCGACCGCUCGACAACGAACAAGUUUUGAAAAAGGAACACUGUUUACAAAACGUUUUCCUCGAUUUGCGUUCGGAACGCGAGUGAAUUGUAUAUCGGGUUAGUUUGAAACUAUAUUAUUAUCGAGUGUAUAGUUUGUGUUUGGUAUCGAUGUUUGACGGAAGCGUGAGCCGAGCUGACUGAACUUGUGGCGCGCUUCGGGAAGGUCAAGGAACACAGGUGGCGGACAGUUAUUCAUGCAUUAAUCGAUUAUGAAUGCAUGCAGUUAUUUGUCUAGUGCAGCGAAUGAUCUAAUCACCAUGUUCUUCAAGUUUCCUCGGUUAUGAUAUACCCUACUAGUAAAAUGUUGGAAGUAGCGGACAACGUAUCAGAGGCAAGCUUCGUAACGAGCGUGGAGGAAUCACCGCGCGUCGACCAAUGCACCCAGACGCCGCCAAGCGGGAAGGCACGGCCCCGCACCUUGCAAAGGUACCACACAUCCGACCACAUCUACGAGCGGUCACACAGAACCUACAGAAACAGGCACGAGCCCCGACCCAAGAGCCUGGGCCUCACAGACUCUUACCCCUUCAUUGCGAAGCCGCCCAGCUAUGAUUACCCAAAAUUCAAGGUCAGCGUGACAGACAGCCCCACAAUAUCGGUGACCCCGCCGCACAGCCUCGAGUACGUGUGCUCUAAAGGAGGCACCAGCCCCAACGGGAGUGUGACCCCCAACGGGAUGGUCUCCAACAAGUCGGCGACCACAGUGCUGCUCAGUCCAGGGUAUCUUCAGAACCCUUGUCAAUGUAAUCAGUCUAUUAAGAGUGUAAGUGAGGUAGCGCUGACGAUGCCGGUGUCUCCAGGAUGGAAUGAGGAACUGCCUCAGGGUUCUGAAGGGCUCUCGUGGCGCCGGCUGCACAUGUCCAGGGCAAAACUCAAAGCCACUGCCACCACCUCGGAACUAUUAUCUGGUUUCGCCAUGGUAGCGAUGGUGGAACUACAAAUAAACGAGCCGACGAACGUCCCAGAGUGGCUGUUCGUAAUGUUCGCGGUGUGUACCACGGUCCUCGUGGCAGUGCACAUCUUCGCCCUCAUGAUAUCCACGUACCUGCUGCCGAAUAUCGACGCUGUGAGCAAGAUGGAGACGCCCGGAGCGCCCGCCAGAGCUCUGCGGGACUCGCCGCAUGAGAGGAUGCGGGGGUUCAUCGAGCUGGCCUGGGCUUUUAGUACAGUUUUAGGUUUAUUCUUGUUCCUGGUGGAGAUCGCUAUUCUCUGCUGGGUGAAGUUCUGGGACUACUCGUUCGCGGCAGCCACGGCUGCCACCGUCAUCGUCAUACCAGUAUUAAUCGUCUUCGUAGCGUUCGCGAUACAUUUCUACCACUCCCUGGUGGUACAGAAGUGCGAGACCUCAAACCAGGACAUUGAGCAGUUGGAAAGCAUGAAACGGGAACUGGACACCGCUACUGUCAAAGUUAACAUGUUUUAAACGUUAACCAAGGAAGAAAACCCUUGGAACUUCCAGCCAGUAUCCUAGACUGAAGUCUGGUUCAGGUUUGAGGAUUUUUUUGUGGAAGUCUUUUUCUCCUAAGUAUCUUGAGGGCAAUAUCGUAUUCUACGUACUUCUGAAGCAAUGGGGAGAAAAUGCUUAGUGUGUUGAGGUCGGCUUUCAGUCUAAGACUUUUAUGGAAAGUGGCUAUUGAACUUCUAGAACUUAUUUAGGUACUGAAUAAUAUGAUUACUUGAGACCUACAAGGAUGUUGCUAAAAGAUUUGUUACUAAAUGUCAGUUGGACAUUAAAAAAAAAUUGGUCAGCUAGUUUGACAAGUUGUUCCAAUUUUUUUGAAUUUAUAAUGUUUGAACGGACUAUAUAGUAACAAGUUGGUGCUAUUAUGCCAUAUUUUUUCAUAGUUAAAAAAGAUAUGUGCCAAGUUUGAACUUUUCUUUGGAUUUUAAUGCGGUGACCUCAUUUUUGAACUAUUAAGAGUCAUUGUACAGUAAUAUAAUAAUUUCUAAGUAUAUUAUCAAUGUACAAGUGAUAUUAUAUUCUUAGCUAUGGAAGUUUGUGUACAAUCUCUUAGUUGACACAAAUUCAGUUUCUGCUAACUUCCAACUUCAAACGCGCUACCGGGAAAAAAUGACAUAGCAUAAUGAACUUUAUGUGGUUUGUGUAAAAAUCCAUUUGCUUUGCCGAAAAAGGAUACUUAUAUAAUGCUCGUAUCGAGAUGGUACCUUAUGUAAACGCCAUAAAGUUCAAUUUUCUAUGCAUAAUUAUUCCAUUCGAUUUUAUAGUUGACUGUCAAAUUAAAUUUACCCUAGGCAUCCAAGAUGUUAAGAAAUAUGUAUUGUAAUCAUCACGUAAACGAAUGUAAAAUAAUGAAACGGCGAUGACGUACAAAACGGCCAAUAUAACUUGAUCUCUCUGAAUUGAGAUGCAACGUAUCACUGUCUCUAUCCUACUCAAUCAUUUUAUAUACUUGUGUCUCGCUCACUCUGUCAAAUAUUUAACUUCAAAGAGGUCAAGUUAUAUUGAAGAACUAUUUGAAAUUAGAUUUUUAAGAAUUAAGGGAGUGUUAUUUCGAAAGUACAAUGAAUUUGUGAAUUUUCUACCUUAUGUCACAUGCAUAAGGUUCAAAAUGUAUGUACUUUUGUUUAUUUAAUAUAAUUAAGUAUGGUGCUGACUGUGUAACUGAUAUUCAGAUUAUUUGUCGAUAUUUUUAUUUAAA